UGUACCCUAUGCUACUGAACAGAUUUACCGCGAUACAAACUAGCUUCCCACUGGCCUUAAUCGCCAGAAAAGAUGCUUCUUCACAGGAUUAAAACGAUAAAACAAACACCAGGACGUCUGGGAAAACUUUACCCAACUGUGCCCAAACUUUGAUACGACCACCAACCAAAUAUAGUUUUGAGUGUGUUAGCUUUGUUUUAUUAUCUCCCCACUAAUUUUUUUUGCCACUGGUCCGAGGUUUUCAGCUUCUUUCUUUUCCUUUCUUUUAUUUUUCCUUUUCAUUGGAGGAGCCCAGUCUCAUGAAUUCGCCGAAAAAGGACGGAGACGAUGAUGUGCCCGUUAAAGACCCGGUGAAAUACGGAGAGCUGGUCAUUUUAGGGUACAAUGGCUCUCUCCCGAGCGGAGACCGCGGGCGCAGAAAGAGCCGCUUCGCUCUUUACCGAAGGGCCAAGGCCAACGGCGUCAAGCCCAGUGCUGUGCACAUCCUCAACACGCCGCAGGACAGCAAGGCGGUCCACAGCAGAGGGCAGCACAGCAUCUCUUUCACACUGUCCCGUAACCAGACUGUGGUGGUGGAGUACUGCCAUGACAACAGCACAGACAUGUUCCAGAUCGGACGGUCCACAGAAAGUCCCAUUGACUUUGUGGUGACCGACACCUCCGGAGGGGGGACAGAAGGAGAAGACCCAUCCAUCGCUCCCAGCACUAUCUCCCGCUUCGCCUGCAGAGUGGUGUGCGAGCGCAACCCGCCCUACACCGCACGCAUUUACGCCGCAGGCUUUGACUCGUCGAAAAAUAUCUUUUUAGGGGAGAAAGCAACCAAGUGGAAAAAUCCCGACGGCCACAUGGACGGCCUCACCACCAACGGGGUGUUGGUGAUGCAUCCGGAAGGUUUCCCGCAGGACCCCAAGCAGGGUCUGUGGAGGGAGAUUUCCGUAUGCGGAGAUGUCUAUGCCCUCAGAGAAACGCGCUCUGGGCCCAGUCGGGGCAAACUGGCAGAAGGGGAGAGCAGCGCACUGCGGGACGGCUCCCUGGUGGAUCUUUGUGGCGCCACUCUGCUGUGGCGCACAGGGGAGGGACUGAUGCGCGCUCCCACCCUGCGUCACCUAGAGGCCCUUCGUCAAGAACUGAACGCGUCCCGACCGCAGUGUCCCGUAGGCCUCAGCACGCUGGCCUUCCCAAGCUUACCACGCAGCCACAGCCUUGAAGAGCGUCAGCCCUGGGUCUACCUCACCUGCGGCCACGUCCACGGACGCCACGACUGGGGCCAGAGAUCUGAGAGGGUGGAGGAGCCCGGGGAGGGUGAGGGCUCCACCAAGCGCCGAGAAUGCCCCCUGUGCAGAAGCGUGGGCCCCUAUGUGCCGCUGUGGCUGGGCUCUGAGCCUGCCGUGUACGUGGACGCCGGAGCGCCCACUCACGCCUUCGUACCGUGCGGCCACGUCUGCUCGGAGAGGACAGCCAAAUACUGGGCUGAGACCCCUCUGCCCCACGGGACACACGCUUUCAGGCCCGUCUGCCCGUUCUGCUCCGCCGCCCUCGGUAACCCCGGCUGGAUACGGCUCAUCUUCCAGGGCCCCAUCGACUAGCUGGACCUUCAGUAACCACCAUCCCAACCACAGGAAGCUACUUUAGCCUCAUUCCCGUGGCAAACGUCAAUGAUGAAUCAAUUCAGUGUUGAGCAUGGCUGUCAGGGCAGCACAUGCGUUCUGAGUGUUCGACCACGCUCUCCAACGUUGUGUUACAGAAUGUUGCUCGAUCCGUCCCCUUGUUUAUCCUUCAGAGCUUCAAGAUCAGGAGGACAUGACAGACGAAUCAGUACUAACAAGUAGAUAGUGAUUCUUCUAAUCUAACAAAAGCAGAGUGAGCUAAUUUUCGUUACGUAGAACGUAAAGAGAGUCUUUGGUGAUGCUGCUUGACCUUUUAAAAAUUCCUCACUGUAAGAUGACUCAGCCCCGUUUUACUGUAACUACACACGAUCUUUUUUAAUUCUCUUCAGAGUGUGAAAUCUUAAGUAGCUUUUUUGCACAUACAAAACGAAUGGCCUUGACUGUCUCUUUUCCAGCAUUAAUUGCAGCUGUGUUCAUUCAGUCCACUAGCACUUCUCCCGCCGAUAUUACAUAAGUCGCCACUUUUUGAAGAUACUUUUAAUAGAAAUGGUCUACAGAAUAGAAUAGAAUCACACAGAUUCCCUGUGUGACCGUAACAUUCACUGCCUUCAGUUACUUUCAUCUUCCCAAAUUUUUGUGUUGCCGCCUGAAACGGGAAGGCUUACCCCCUUAACUACACUGAAAAAUGAACGUUCCGACUGAUCCAUUUAAUCGUUCUCCUUCGUCUUCACCAAUCCUUUUAGUGUUAAAUCUAUGCACAGAUACUCCUGUAAAUGAAACCCCAUGGUGAGCAUUACGUACGGCGCCUUUCAAAAGUAUUCACGCACGUUAAACUUUUUCACAUUUUUUCAUUUAAACAAGAGAUAAUUGAGGAAUGGAAGAAAAAUUCUGAAUGGUUCUAGUCAUUUUAUUUUUUAUUUAUUGUAUUUUUUUUGCAAAUCAGGAUCUGAAAAGUGUGGUGUGCUUUUGUAUUUACUCCGAUAACCACAUAUCUAAAGUCAUGUCCCACCAAGUGCCUCCAGAAGCCAUCCAAUUGGUAAAAAGAGUUCAGAUGAGAGAGUGAGUCGACUGCAUAUUUGUGUAAAACCGCGUGUAUGGUCUAUAUUGUGAUACACCACAAAUCUGGCCUUUGUGGAAGAAUGUUGAGAAGAAACUUUACUUUGCAUUAAUGUCAGAGUUGAUGGAAGAUGGUUGGAGCUAAAAACAGGUCAAUUGUGGCCCAACAAAAAUGUGGCGCUGCAGGGCAACUACUUUCAUCGUGCAGUCAGAGGGCAAUUGGAAUCGUUUAUAUCAGAAUAUGCAUGUGUCUAAAUGGCCCAGUCAAAUUAGGCCUCAAUCUUUGACAUUAUUUAAAAAUGAAUGAUCAGAAAACCUUCCAGUUUUAAAAAGUUGAAUGUGGAAAAUGUAAGUGUGAGAGGGCUGCAGCUUUAAGUGGAGCAAAUGGUUAAAUUCACAGAGGAGUUAAAUACAAAUUCAUGCCACUGUUUUAUUUGAAGAAGUUUGGAAAAAAACUACUUUGUGUAAAACCCCAACGAAGUGCAAUGAAGCUCACGGUUGUAGCCAGUUGCGAAAAAGUUAAAAGGGUAUUAAUACAUUUGCGAGAAGCCGUACCGUAACCUCAGUUAUGAAGCAGAACGAGGAUAAACAAAGGCAGGGAAUUAAAACUGGGUUCACUUCACUUCACAACUCUCCAAAGCAAUAACAGCACUUGCAUAGGUAAGCUACUUGUUUUUUCUACGUAUAGCCAGGAGUUCGGUCGGCUGUUCCUGGAAGCUCAAGGGGAAGAAAGAAAGAAAAAAAAAGGGGCGGGGAGUUUCCAGGUUCAGAGGUCAACCAGAGGUGUGUUCAGUUCACCAGAUUCUGCGUAGCGUCCUCGCCAUCUUAAAGGAAGUCGACGGGUUCUGAACUGCUUCGAUUCUGAACGGCCCUCGGGUCGCUGAACUUCUCCCGUCAGGGUCCGUGUGACGGAAGGGGCGGUAUGGUUUGAUCUUGUACGACCUCAAAAAGAAAAAAAAACAACUUUUGUU